GCGGCCGGGACAGCCCGGUCCGGCUGAUGCAGGCGCUGCCCCCCGCAGCAGCCUCGGCACGGGCUCCGGCAGGCUGGUGGCGGCGGCCGGGACUCAGGGGGGGCUCCUUUCCCCUUCCCUCCCUCCGCGGCGGGCAGCGCUGGAGGGUUUUCUCCCGCUGCGGCCCCCUCGCUGCCCCCCAGACAUGGUAGGUCACCUACAGCUGCAAGGGAUGGACGAGAGCCUGAAGGAGAAGAGCCGGGAAGGCUUGCUGGACAGCCCGGACUCGGGGCUGCCCCCCAGCCCCAGCCCCCCUUUCUACUCUCUCUCGCCUGGCGAGGGCCGAGCCGGGGGCAGCAGCGGCGCGGACCCCCCAGCCCCGGGGCACCGUCGAGACGCCAAGGACGGCAGAGUGAUGCCUUACCUGCUCCUGAACCCAUCCACACCAGAGAUAAGGCCUCGAAUGUACCCUGUGUUUUUUGGAGAAAGCAUUGAGGUCAGCCCUGAGCCUGUGCAGGAAAUCAGGUGCAACUCCGAGGUGAAGUACGACUCCGAGAAGCACUAUCGGGAUGACAUCUUCUACAGCCCCAUCCCCACCGUCACCACCUACAGCGAGACGGUCAUCGCUGCUCCCAACUGCACCUGGCGGAACUACAAGUCCCAACUGAUCUUUGAGCCCCGCCAGAAGCCACUGAGGUUUCAGAGCACGACCAUCAUCUUUCCUAAGCGUGCCAAGAACAUUUACAGGACCACCCUCAACUACAGCCUGGGCUGUGCCAGGCGCUGGUUUGCGUCCAGCGUGCAGCUGCAGCUCUGCCAGGACACCAGCCCGUGCGGCAUCUACAGCGAGACCCUCUGAUCUGCCCGGCCGCUGGCACCCUGGUGACCUCCAGGAGGUUGUGGCUUUUGCUGGGUCUCUGGCUGGGCCCUUCAGUGGUGGCAACUGAGUAUGAAUGGCUGGAGAACACGUUGUUUUGGGUGAGGCUGAACUGGCUGGGAGGAGGCUUGCAGGGCACGGGAUGGUUUUGAUCAGCAAGAGGCUGGCUUGUGUUUUGCUACGUUCCCGACAUUCAUGUUCUGGAUUUUAUUUUGGUGUUUGUUUUUUUUUUUUCCAAGCAUAUCUAUUUUUGACUUGUGUUUAGAUGAAAUCAAGAUGACAAAGGACCCUACUACCCAUAGCAGAGUGCUGCCUUGUGAGCCCUUCCUUGUGAGCCCUCAUCUAGCACAUAGAUGAGACUCACUGUAACCUUCAGAGCUAUUUUGAUCUCUGCAAAGGGAACAUCAGCUGCGGAGUCAGCAUCCAGUCUGCCCAGCACACACCAAGCCAGGUCUCUUAGAGCUUAAAUGCAGAGGAGACAAUUACUUGUAUCAGUACAUCACAGCUUGCUCCAACAGCUCAUCUGCAAGAUUGCUGCAAUAUUACACUGCAGUCACCUCAGGCCUAAUUUACUGGGAGGGAAGAGGACUGUCACCAAGCAAAUGAGGAAGAGGUGCUCUUACUAGCAGCUAAAUGUUUAUCUUCUCUAGCAAGGUACAGACAAUCAUGAAAUAGGAGAAAGCCCUACCCUGAUACACGGGCCACCUCUUCUGUGAGCCCAGCCAAAAGCAUGCAGGGGAGACUGAAGAAACUGAAUACCUGAAGGGCUGUUUUAAACGUGUCCAAGAGAUUGAGGAGCCCGCUGCCCUUUUUCAAAAGUACUGUCAGUCCAAGGGUGUCAUACUGUUUGUUGUCUUAAACACCCAAUUUACAGACAUCUUUACGCACUUGCAACCCUUUGGAGUUUCUGCUGUGUUGUAGAGACAGGAAGAUGCUAUCUAGCUUCAGAGAAGCCAGUGCAGGAUUAACUCAAGACAAGGUUGCUCACCCUCUCAAUAGUUUCCAUACCUGUGGUGUGGACAGCUUUGCUGACUGUGGAGGAUCAGCCAGACUUUCUCAGUGUAGAGCUUGAAGUAUUGAAGAGCCCAAAUCCAUGCAGGUUUUUCCUAAUUAGCCAGGCUGCAGCAAUUCAACAGGUACUUCACAAACAGCUGAGCUGUCACUGCAAAAGGAUCAAGAAACAGAGUCACCACAGCCAUCCCAAGGCAAACCAUUCCCCACUCAAUCUCCUCUCCUGUUAUCUCUUCACUUUGGUAGCUUGUUGAAAAUCUUCAAGAGCCUGGGUUCAUGCAAACAUAUAACCUUUACAAAUGGCAUGGAAUUGUCUCCAGAAAUCUUACCAAGAAUUUUUGUAUGCUGCUCAGAAGAGCCCAGACUUAGAAAAUAACCACACAGCUCCGGAAAUUAAUUUCCAGCUUUCCCUCUUCUAAAGUUUCCAUUUUGUUCCUGACUUGCUGCGAGUCUGAUCAAGUUGUUUCAGAACACAACUGAGCAGCCAAGUCAGAAAACCUAUUAACAAUAUCAACAAGACAUAGCUGGUUGCCCAGAACAGUUGACUCACAACUCAUGAAGAUUAAAAGAAAUAAAAAGCUGAAAAACUUAAAAAGAUAAUAUAAUUAGUGACUUUAAAAGAUACUUUUUUCCAUCUGUUUCAAAAGGCAAUUCAUAGAUAUGAGCAGACCUGUGACCUUUAUGAAGCAGAGUUCUCUUGUUUAAAAUGAAGCACAAUUUUUCCACCAGAGGUAAAUAUCAGGUCUUUAUAUACAAACUUAAAUCCUGACAGCUGAAGCAUCAUUAGUACUGGAGAUGAACUCUGCCUCUGUUUGGGAGUUAGGAUUUGGUAGGGAGAAAUCUCUCAGAGGAUUCCCAAGGCUCCCACUUACUGUUGAAUUCUUGUUAGCAACACAGAAACAAAGAUUAUGUUUAUUAUUGGUCAGAUUUUGCCAUCACUGACAGCAUCAAAGCCUGUAAAAGCAACAUCUGCCUUCAAAAAGAUGAUUAUGCCCAAAGCAACCUUUCUCCCCAGAGCUCCAGCAGACAAGAGCUGAGGAGUUAGCAGGGCAGCUGAAGCUUGGAUGAGUGUGGUCACAGUGCAGUGCAAGUUGGUGAUGCACUUACUUGCCAGCUCCUCUUGAGAUCUGUCCCAUUUGCCAAGUGCUGGUGAGGGAGCCUUGUGACCAGUGAAACACUCAUCUGCCUUCCUGGGUACACCAGCCCAAAUCUGUGCAGGUGUUUCCUACUUAGCCAGGCAAUGCAGCAGCCACUUCACCAGCAGCUGAGCUGUCUCUGCAGAAGGCUCUCCAUGCACCUGUGAGAGGUUGUAGCAAAGGGGGUGGGUUUCCAAGCUGAACAAUAGUGUAAUCCAGGUUCCAAAGCAGGGCCAGUCCUCACACCCAGGAGAUCCCUGCAUGAUUAGAUUAGAUUAGAUUGCAGGCACUUCCAGUGAACAAGCAUGGAGACAGGCUGACCUCCAAGCCAAAGCGAUGCCAGAGACUCCCUAUGCUGACCAUACAUCAUGCUUUUCUCCUCUAAACAGAUUAUUUCCCUGCUCCAAGCCCAAAGCUGCAGUUUUUGAGCACGCUGGUCUCUGGUCAGGACAGGUUUCCCCCAGAAAAUCUCUUUUAUCAUGACCAGCUGCAGGCUUCUGCCCACUUUGUCCGCUGUUAGUUCUUACUGAACGCUGGCGGCAACAGAAAUAAAGAGGCAAAAAAAUAAAAAAUAAAGGCAGAACACUAGUGUGUGAACACAACUCCAGGGGAGAGACCUGAACCAGAUCCUGGGCUUUCACCACACAGGGACAGGGGCUGCUAGGGCAAAGUCUCACAGGUCAUUGUGACCCCAGGAGGGUGCAGUGGAGGGCUGCAGCCCCACACGUCCAGGCCAGGCCUCUUUGAAGCUUCAUGCUUUGUUUUCUCUACAAAUAGACUAGAAAUGACCUAACAUGCUCCUACUCCAUUGAGCUUAAGCAGCUUUUCUGGUUUUGCCAUGUCAGGAAAAAAAAGCCAGCUGGGAGCUUGGGUUUCUCAGCUUUUGAGCACACUCUGAGCUGUGUAGCCAUGGACAGGCCAUGGUGGGCUACCACCCUGGACUACCUCCAAAUUGUGAUGUUGCCAAGUGCCUGAGAUCUGUAGAAUUUUUUUUAAAUACCUUCUUAUACGAUGACUCUCACGGGUCCAUCACAAGCUGCUUUUCUUCUCAGUGGAAGCUGGUGUUGGAAAAGGACUUUGUUUUUCCUGAGCACAAAGAAAGCCAAAGCGUUAGGUUUUCACCUUGAUGUGGGCACAGAUCCCACACUGCCUGCCCACCCUCUGUCCCUAUUGAUCCUAUCCCUGUGGCUGGUUAGGCGAUGGUAGAAGAGCCAAAUUUCCUCUUGCUCAUGCCUGGGGAAAGCAAUGACUUUUGUUUUGCUUAAACACCAGAAACUGAAUUUUGUGUUUGUGUGUUGCCAAUGAAGAAUCACUCCCAGCAGCCACCAAGUGCCUGACUUGUAGCAUGUCUGUACUUCUAAAAGGAAUUAUUAGUCCCACUAGAGAGGUGGUUUUGUUUUAAAUGGAACAUUAUUCUUCUUAACCAAGAGAUCUUUGUUCGUGUGUAUUUUCUUAAAGAUAAAAAUGAUAAAUAUAGACCAUCAUGGAAAUGCUGCUGAGAAAGGUGACUUUCCUUGAGCAGCUGGGACUGUGGCUCCACACUUUCUCCCCAGGAUCUGAACGUGCCUGUUGCCCACAGUCCUGUAAGCCUGACAGGUAGUCAGGCUCUGCCUUCAGGAAUUAUUUUUCCUCAAAAGUUACUUUUGAGAGCAGAAACUUUCUCAGAAGACAUCUGUUUUGAGGAGGGGAAGGUUGUGUUGUUGGUUUUUUUUUCCAUAUGGAAAGUCCCUAUCCAUCUCAAAGGUGCAGGGUUUGCCCUUCAUCCCUGUCAUCCUUUUGCCCCUGAAUGCAGCAGGGCUUGCUUGUGCUGGUCUGCCUGCAUUGCUGUCAUUGCAUCUGGGGCCAGAAAGAGGGAACUCUACCUAAAUACUGACCUUUCAGAAUCUGCAGAAUACUUUGCACAAAACGCAGAGAGCAGCUUUGACCAAAACAGUUUACUGCUUCUUUUAUCUUUAAUUUUUUUUUUUUCCAUCCUGCUAAGCCAACUCUUCUUUUCUAAAUGUGAAAUUCAGAUUCGCACCCUGGGUGCAGACUUUCUGGGAAUGAUAAAAUGAGGUUUGGGUGUUGAUAGCAGUGCUUGAGUGAGCUGCUGGUCAGAGAAGUGAGUGCUAUUUACUAUUUAUGUUGAAUGUGUCUUAAAAAAUAAUGGGAAAGGUCACCUGAAGGCUAAUGAAAAGGACUUUGUGGAGCAAACUGAGGACUAAAGACUGUGUGAAUCUGAUCUAGAGGUGAAUGGUUCUGUGUGUGAACACUGUGAGCUAGGAUACUUAGCCACUGUAGUUUUUCCAGCAGGAAAGAGCAUCCUUGCCUUCUUUAGAGCUGAAACAAAACCAGAUCCAUCCCCUGUCAGUUAUUCAGCCCCACUGAAGUGUGUGAGUGUCAGUGUUGCCAGGCUUGUGGGGGAGUCUGUGUAUCAAGCACAGAUGCACAGACCUGUCCCAGUGUGGGACGGGGGAACACUUCCUAGGGAAUGAUGGAUCUUGUGGGAAAUUCACAUUUCUACUGUUAGGUAAUCUGUGCUCCCUGAGGAUCACCCCAUCACUCACAAAUGGAUCUGUUCUGGACACCUCCCCCAAAGCUGUCUGAUAACCUAUUGAUAAGUCUUGGAAGGCACUAAUUCCUUGUCAGCUACUGUGGUUACCAUCAGAACAAGCAAAGUGUCCUACCAUGUGAAUUGUGACCUGAAGAUGGGGAUGAAAGGUGUUUGAAGGUUAGAGAGGGAAGAAACGAACAUAGUACUGGUGGAAAUGCUUAAGGAUGUGUCAUAUUUUUUAUUUUUGUAAGUCUGAUUCUCUAAGUGCUUGUAAAGUACUGUUGUAUAUGUGGUGAUGCAGUAGUUCACAAUAUCCUUUUAUUUUUGUAUAUUCCCUCCUCCACAAUAAUCCCUUCCUGUUCAACUCAUAGAGAGUAAUUUAAGAAGACAAAAUUUAUAUAUCAUAAUAAAAUGCUCAAACUGUCAUGCU